AUGGGAGCAAUGCGGCGGCGAUGAAGGUGUACCUGACGAAGAAGGAGCGCAAGAGGAUACGCCGUACAACGAGGAUGGAGAGGGAGAGGGAAAAGCAAGACAAGAUCGCCCUCGGGCUGCUGCCAACGCCGGAGCCGAAGAUGAGCAUGAGCAACUUCAUGCAGGUACUAGGGGACCAGGCGGUGGUCGACCCUUCGAAGGUGGAAGCCCUGGUGAUGGGGCAGGUGCACCGCCGCAAGGCCGAGCACGAGGCCCGCAACCAGGCGGCCAAGCUUACCCCCCAGGAGAAGAGGGACAAGAGGAAGAGAAAGCUGCUCGAGGACACCUCCAAGGAGUUGCAGGUGGCAGUGUACCGGGUAGCGGAUAUGUCGGACCCCAAGCGGCGCUUCAAGGUGGACGUGAACGCGCAGCAGAGAUACCUCACGGGGGGGGUGGUCAUGUGCACAGACGAGGCCAACCCGGGCAUGAACAUGGUGGUGGUGGAAGGAGGUCCGAAGGCCGUUCGCGCCUACACGAAGCUCAUGACGCGCCGCAUACGCUGGGGGGAAGAAGAGUUCGGGGAAGGGGACUCGGAUUCUGAGAGCGACGAAGAGGUGUCCAAGCCGGCCCUGUCAGGGUGCAUGUGCGAGCUGGUAUGGCAAGGCACUGUGCAGACGAGGUCUUUCCCUGCAUUCCGAUUCCAGGAGUGCAAGUCGCCCGAAACUGCCCGAAAAGUGAUGGACGAGAAGGGAGUGGCGCACCUGUGGGAUAUGGUGGUGGCCAGCGCGAAGGCCGCCAGAGCAUCUGCGGCUAACGCUGGCGCGAUUGGCGCGGGCUUGAGAUACUGACCGAGAACUGUGUUCCGCGUUUGUCCCUUAGAUGACGUGGGAUGAUGCGGUUUUGUUUUGGAAUGAGGGGUGAUGGUGGUGGUGGACCACAUGUUGUGCUGGGGGCGCUGGAGGGAGUCCGUAGCCAAAUGCUAAGGGCGGGUGCCCCCAAGCCGCUCGAUUUCGGUGGAGGGGGGGGUAUUCUCAAUGUUUUUUUAUGCCUAGGCGGUUAGAAGACAGACCACGCAUCCUCGAGAGGACGGAGGGAUGCUGGACAAGAGCCGAUCGUUUCUCGGAAAAGGGGGCGCGAUGCCUGUUGUAGGUGUCACACUUGAUCGUUGUCGUUUGUGACGGUGAUUGAGGUAGCGCACCAGAUUUAGCGGGCGGAGGAGCAAAACGUGUGUGUCGCCGAGUGCCCAUAUUCUGUUGGAGGUGGUGCGGGCUCUGCAAUCGUCGGCGUUGGAGGUGGAAGUCUUCUGUAGGGUUUGCUUCCUUCGUCUGAACUUGAUUUUCUUUUUGUUCGUUGUUCUUUUCGAGUAUUCCGGGAGGUUUUGUGAACGGCGUUCGUUUCAUGUCAUCUCGAGGAAAAAGGUGGAACACAGAGGAGAGGAGAAGCUUGCCCACCUGAAAACGGGGGUCUCAGGAGGGAGUCUUGGGUAUGAACUCAGAGUGCGGGCGGGGUGAGGGGUCAUGGACGGCGGGACCAAAAGAACAGGAGCGCCCUUGGAGGGUUGAAAGAUUGUUGCAACAACGCGCGUCGAUAUCUGGUCUGGUACAAUUAGGGGCAAGAAUACUUUUUCCGGGAUGCCGUUCUCUUCUCCGAGCACGCACCUUCGGCAGCACGUCCGUACCAUGCUUUUGUGCCCGCCAUUGACCUCGGGAGGUAGAUAACCCAAGUCGCAUGCGGACUUGACGUAAAUGACCGACUGGUUUGUGGUACGACCGCUGUAGGCCCUGAUCAUCGCGUAUUCUUCAUUCCAAAAAGUUUUCGUCUACGGUGGUCCCGUCCAUGCGUGCUGUCGGUCUUGCCUCCAUCUUCAAACCCUGCAUCUUCGCGAAUGAAGGGGUGUGCAAUGAAAACGGACGUGCUUUUACCCUUGGAAGAAGACCCGCUAACGCUUGGAUUGAUUCAUCGCUACUACUUUUUUUCCCGGACUCUUUUUAGUGUAGACAAGAGAAGAAUUCGUUGUGUUUUCGUGACCAAAGAAAAAAUGAGAAACGAAGGCUAGGACUAGGAAGGAAAGAGGGUAGAAAAGCGGGCCCUUCUGGUGCGACUACACUGUCAAGAUGUUGUAGCCAGUUGGGAUGCGAACCACAAUGUUGAAUCUCUACUUGCUCGUACUCGCCCGAUCUCUCCGAUCGUCGUCGCAAAAGGAGCUACAUGUGGCUUCCCGUGCAAGCCUGGAUUGCAGAGACGAGGGGAG